AUGAAGUCAACAAUAGAAGUUCCACGGUUGGAUACUGGUACUGAUAAUAACACUUUGGCGAUCAAUGAUGAAGGUCAUGAAAAAAAUCCGAAAAUAGAAAGAUUCUCGGAUAUUAUAUCUUAUAGUUCUCCUGAUCGGGAGAAUGGUUUGAUUCCGAACAAACCAUCACACAACUACAAAGAAAAUUAUGAUCUAAAAAAAAUCGAUAAACUGAAAACCGAUACUCCAGAAAUUGUGAUUUCUUAUGCACCAAAAGAAGAGAAUUCAGUCAGCAACUCUGCAUACAAAACAGUGAGUAUUUCACCAUCAACAUCUACAAGUGAUAUUAGCGCUGGUAUGUUGUACGAGAAAUUCGAAUCCCCAACGUCAAGUUUUCAAACAGAUAUUUCCACGGUGAAGGGCGAUCACAUAAAGUUCGAAAGUGAAUCGACGACUCACGUCACCAAGAUAGUAAUGAUGAAAUACAUGAAGAGAGAAUUGAACCCAAUGUCAAUGUGA